UUGAGAUAAGGUGAGAGGUGCCAGGCACUGAAACAAGAACAAGGGAGUAGGCAAAGCACAAAGGACAGCAGCAGGUACACUCACCAUGGCGGCUGCAGCAGCACAAUUAAGGCUGGACUUCUGCUGGAUAUUUGCCUUGUUUCUAGGGCGGAUCAUUUCUGUUCAGGUCACUGUGCCAAGUGAGCCUGUCUUUGGAAAAGUGGGCAGCACAGUAUUACUGCCCUGCACGUACAACACCAAUUUUGUGAAAGGGUGUAACUUGGCUUGGAGCUUCAUUCCUACAGGCGGCUCCUCUGAAAAAGAGAUUCUCUACUAUGACGGAGAGUUUUACCCUGUCGACACAAGACGAGACAGAAUCAGGCUGCUUCAAAGUAUACCAACACAGGGGACAGCUUCGAUUGAAAUCCAGAGCAUUCAGCCAUCGGAUACCGGCUCUUACAUCUGCCGUGUCGUAAACCCCAAUGACUGGUCAGGCAACCAACAGGGCACUGUUAACCUUGAAGUUCUCACUCCUCCAUCAACACCAGUGUGCAAAAUGAGUGGGAGCACCAAUGUCGGAAGUGAUGUCAUUCUCACCUGCAACUCUGUGGAAGGCAACCCUCUUCCCAUCUACGACUGGAAAAAAGAAAAGGGGGCAGUGCCACAAACCAACUGGAUAAUGGACCAACGUACUGGGACCUUAGUGCUACAGAAUGUUUCUUUUGCCUUCACUGGGUCUUAUCAGUGUACAUCCUCCAAUGAACAAGGAACAGCCAGCUGCUCUAUUUCAGUUCGCAUAACCGCCACCAGCACUGCAGCAGUUGUUGCCGGGGCCGUGGUAGGAACACUUCUUGUCUUGCUCUUGCUGGGAGCCUUGGCUGCCUACUUCGUCUGGUUCAAGAAGCGCCACUUCAAGGGGUCCUCCAGUUCUGGAAAUGAGUUAAGAGAGGAUGCAGUGGCACCACCCUUCAAAACCCCAAAAUCAAAAGCCAUAGAUGACUCAGAGUCUCAGUUAAUGAAUCACUCCCUUGGCAGACAGGAGACGGCCAGCAACAACAGCGCCAUGAUGACCCAUGUGGUUUAGUCGUCGCCUUCUCCUCACUGCAGCUAGAUAGGCCAAACCAGACUUUCCUAUCCUCUGGCAAUGGCCACUCAUGGACCUUGAGCCUUCCUUGGACCCUCAGCUUCAUCAACAUCCUACUGCUGAGUCUGAGCUGUUUAUUUUUUCUUUGUUGUAUGUGCCUCUUCCUCAGUCUGCGCCUUUCAGUUCUGUUUUCUCCUGCUUCACCAUCUUCCCCUGCACCCCAUUACUUAACGACCAGUACCUCUGUUUCUUUUCCAAUUCUUUACUUCAAUCUGCAACCCUUUGAAUUUUCCGCAGACUUCUCAUCCUCAAUCUAAAUUUUAAUUUUUCUUUACUCUACCUCUUUUUCCUUACUCUUCAUCAAUGCAUCAGUUUUAUUUACUUAAUCCCUCUUCUUCAAAUGCCUCUUUCCCUUUUUCAUGUUCCAUAAUGUUUAUUUUUUAAAUUAGCCUUUAAUCCUCAUCUUCCUCUCGUUGCACCAUUUUUGAAAUUUAUGCCCACUCCGCAUGCUAAGGUGUUUGCCCCAUUGCUCUUUCUCCGUCAGCGUUCCCCUUCUUCUUAUACCUAGUCCCCCUUAUCUUUAAUGCUUUAACUCCUCUUCCUCAGUAGGACUUUUCUGUUUUUGCUUGAUACAUGUCUAUAGGAAUUUAGUUUUUCUUCAUCAUUCUUCUCCUCUUCUUCACUCAGCACCCCUUCUUUAUGCAUAGACAACACCCUUUUUCUCAACUCGUGUGUUCUUUUUGAUAUUCAAGCCAACUUCUCUUGCUUUUGCAUUUUCUCCAGUUCUCUUCCAUGUCUUCCACAUAGUCCUCUUCUUUUCAGUUUCUUUUCUUUUCUUCUCUUCUUUUUCUCUUUCAGCUGUUUAAACUCUGCAUAUCUCAUUCUAAAAUAGCCUUUCCUCCUCUUCCCCAGUCUGCUCCUCCUAUUUCUUAAUGGAUUUACUCCUCUGC